AUGGUAGGUUUAACUAGAGCAAGACAGAAGAAGAAGAACAAGAAGAACAAGAAGAAGAAGAAGAAAAAGAAAAAAGAAGAGAAGAAUGAGAAUCAGAAGGAGAAGAAGAAGGAGAAGUUGAAGAAGAAAAAGAAGGAAAAGAAGAAAGAGAAGCAGAAGAAGAAGAAAGAGAAGGAGAAAGAGAAGGAAAAGGAGAAAGAGAAGGAGAAGGAAAAGAAGAAGGAGAAAGAAAAGAAGGAGAAAAAAAGGAGGAGGAAAAGAAGAAGAAGGAGAAGGAAAAGAAGGAAAAAGAGAAGGAGAAGAAAGAAGAAGAAGAAGAAGAAGAAGAAGAAGAAGAAGAAGAAGAAGAAGAAGAAGAAGAAGAAGAAGAAGAAGAAGCAGAAGAAGAAGCAGUAUGAGUGCAUAGGGACAGAAGUCAAAAAUAACGUUAACAACCCUACUUUGUAG